ACGUCAUAGGGCCUUAUCCAGGAAGUGGGGAAACAUCAACAAUCCUUCCAGGGCGAAGUGUCAGUGUAUGCUAGCAGCGAGAAAGCUAACACUAAGCUUGGUUUUCUGGGUUUGUUUUUUUUAUAUAUAAAUAAUUAGUGUGUUGUAGUAGAUAUGUCGUUGUUCGGUAAGAUAUUUGGAGGAGGGGGAAAAGGAGGAAAGGGACCGAGCCCACAGGAGGCGAUCCAGAAACUCCGAGAGACGGAGGAGAUGCUAACGAAGAAACAGGAAUUUCUAGAGAAGAAGAUCGAGCAGGAGCUGCAAAUCGCUAAGAAAAACGGCACGAAAAACAAAAGAGCGGCUCUGCAGGCUUUGAAAAGGAAGAAGCGAUACGAGAAGCAGCUCGCCCAGAUCGAUGGCACGCUGUCGACCAUCGAGUUCCAGAGAGAGGCUCUGGAGAAUGCCAACACCAACACUGAAGUGCUCAAGAACAUGGGCUUCGCUGCCAAGGCCAUGAAGUCUGCCCACGAAAACAUGGACAUCGACAAGGUGGACGACCUGAUGCAGGACAUUACAGAGCAGCAGGAACUGGCCCAGGAGAUCUCUGACGCCAUCUCUAAACCUGUCGGCUUUGGAGAGGAGUUUGAUGAGGAUGAGCUGCUGGCGGAGCUGGAUGAGCUGGAACAGGAGGAGCUGGACAAAAACCUGCUGGAGAUCGGCCCAGAGAACGUCCCCCUCCCCAACGUGCCUUCUACUUCAUUACCUUCCAGACCUGCCAAGAAAGAGGAAGACGAGGACGACAUGGAGGACCUGCAGCGCUGGGCGAUGGAAGCCAUGUAAACAACGCAGCGUCCGCCACAUCAUACCUGCAUCAAAGAGGGAAGAAGAAGAAGAAGCGGGGGUGGGCAGGCGGGAAGGGAGGGGAGGGGGGGGGGGAUGAAUGGACUUGAUAGGAUGUUGUGUAUGAGUGUUUUUGUGUGUGUGAGGAGAGAGUUGAACUUCAUCUAACACUACGAAAAAGCAAAAAUGCUGUAUUAUUUUCUUUUUCCCUCCUGAUCCCCUCACAACUCAAACCUUAGAGACCCCCGGGGUGCUCAGUGCCGACGACACAGUCAGGAAGCUCCGUCACUGUGUCACGGCAACCUCACCUAAUAUUUUUACCCUCUAUUUUAAUACAAUACUAGCACUCCAUUGUCCUUGCAGUAACCUGCUACUGGGCUAUCUCAGCGCCUGCAGAGUUCACACUGAAGCGUGAUAGUUUGCGCUCUGCGGUGCCAUAAUGAAGUUAUUGUCAGUUUACUGCGGCCGCCUGUGUGACGUUAACGUCGCUGGAUGACAGAAAGGGGGGAUUUUCACGGGAGCUCGAUCCGUUUUUCCGACUCUCAUAUUUACCUGUGUUCGUGGCGUUUAACUGGCUGGAUGUUUUUUCAUUUUUCUUCCUUCUUGACAAAAAUAACAGUCCUUAGCUGAGCAUGAGCUGGGUGAAGAAGCUGCGAGCUGUGUGUUUGCAAGAAUCCUCUUCUUUUGUUUCAGGCUGUGUGCUUUGUCCCUCCCUUCCCUCUCUUCCCCCCCAAACCCACCCACCUGUUUUUCGCCUCCUGUCGCCAUUGAAGCGACUUCUCACCAGUAGUCCUUGUUAUUCAGUGUAAAUAUCCCAAACGUGUCUCUUUUUAUAUACUGUAUUUCUGCCGUCACUGAGAGGUUCUGUCGGGGUCGUGUGAAGCAUGCAACAGCGGGAAAGUCACAAUACAGAUCACAACGCACGGCUAGAAGAGAGAUGUUUAACCUAACACUUUGAUCCUGCUCUGUCUGUCUCGGUCCUUCUCAUAACGGUUUUUGUUUCAAAUUGUAUAACGCUAAAAAAAAAUGAUAACAAUAAUAAUAAAACUAUUGUCACACCUUAUUAACUGCAUCCAAAAGGAGAUGGUGGUUUGUUAAAGAUUAGAUUAUCGUCAAUCUACAACGUCAGCGUUUUGGAGUUUAAAGAGUUAAUUCCUUUAGUUUUUCAAAGUCACGAUGUACAUUUUUUACAUAGAUAAAAAAAAAAAGGCAUAACAGAAGGACAGAUUGACAAGCAUGUUUGCAUUUCAAUGUUUUAUUUAUCCAGAUGAGAAUAUUAUUUGCAAAAUCAUUAAAAAGUUUUCAAUUCUUUUA